AUGGGAAGCGCUUCCGUAAUCUCGGUGACCCCACGACUUGUUGCAGCGCCGCUGUCGGCCUACGUGGCGCCGCAGCAGCAGACGGUGGACGUGGGGCGGCCCGCGCAACUCAACUGCUCCACCGAGGGCCACCCCCAGCUGGCCGUCUCCUGGCUCAAGGACGGCCGGCCGCUCCACACCUCCAGCAGGGUCAGGCUGCUAACACCGCAGACACUGCGCAUCGAACACGUGGAGCAGCAUGAUGCAGGGAUGUACCAGUGUGUGGUCUCCAACAAUGACGAGACUGCUCAAGGAACAGCACAGAUCUCAUUGGGAGAUGCGGCGCCAGUGCUGGUGAAGACGUUCGGCGCGGCGACGCUGACGCCAGGUUCCGCGUGGUCUGCAGAGUGCGAGGCCGCUGGCUCCCCGCUGCCCUCCGUGUCCUGGCGGCGCGACGGCCACGCCCUCACCACCUCACAGCAGCACACACUGCAGUCGCUGUACACCCUCCAAGCUGUUCACCACCCUGCUGGAGCAAAUGUAAUCUCAAUGGACUGCUCACUUGCUCGAACGACAAUUGACAGGAGCUACCUGAGACAUAAAAUAUCAUUGCCCCCGGUAAAAGAGAACUGCAAUAGAGUCGCAGAGGACGGCGGCGUGUACGAGUGCGUGGCCAGCAGCGCGGCCGGCGCCGCCUCCCACGCCGCCCCCCUACACGUCGUGGGCCCGCCCCACGUCCGGCCCAUGCCAGACCAGAGGGUCGUCGCCCACACCGACGCCGCCUUCCACUGCCGCGUCACCGGCUACCCGAUCAGCCAGAUACGCUGGGAGAAGGAGGGAACCACACUACCGGACAACGACAGACAGCAAGUGUUCCAGAAUGGGACACUCAUAAUACAGAACAUGCAGAAACAUUCCGAUGAGGGAGGUUACGUGUGCGUAGCGACAAAUCCGGACGGACUCACUUCAAGGAGCAAGCUGAAUAUUCAGGUCCUGGAACCCCCUCAGAUAGACCCAAUAUCGACAAAGCCGGACCUACAGAGAGGAAUGCGGACGCACCUGUCUUGUAUCGUCAGUAAAGGCGACCUCCCGAUCGAGAUCAGCUGGCUGAAAGACGGCGCGCCGGUUCCCCAGGACGAGGAGGUCUCCGAGAAGACCAUCGACGACUACUCGAGCACGCUCAGCUUCCGCAGACUCGCUCCCAGGCACGCCGGAAACUACUCCUGCCACGCGGCCAACGCAGCAGCCUCCGCCCACUACACUGUGCAGGUUACUGUGAACGAGCCACCAUCUUGGAAGCGUCAGCCGAAGGACACGCAAGUGGAGGCCGGCAGAUCCGUGACGCUGCCCUGCUCUGCGGACGGUUCUCCUGUGCCGAGAAUCCUCUGGAAGAAGGAUUCCGGGUCCUCGCCACCCAACUUCCAGGAUGUCAGCAUGCUCAUGUCCAACUACAAGAUUCUGGAUAACGGCAGUCUGUGGAUUCAUAGCGCCCGCCCAAUGGACAAAGGACAUUACCUAUGCCAGGCUGCCAAUGGAUUUGGAAUUGGGCUUAGUAAAGUCGUUUACGUCGAUGUGAGAGUGCCGGCAAGAUUUCAUAGACCGUUUCAAAAUAUCACAGCGGUCAAAGGAAGUUCAGCAACGCUUGACUGUACCGCCGAUGGGGACAAACCUGUCACCAUAAACUGGUUUCAGAAUGGCCACCCUUUUGAUGCUACUCGUCACGAAAGAGUUACUGCAGAAGAGAUAGCAACACGUAAUGGAAUGACAUCCAAACUGGAAUUCAAACGCGUAGAGCGAAAGGAUACGACACAUUUUGUUUGUGUCGCGUCGAACAAGUACGGGACAGACAGAUCAGAAAUUCUGCUGGUAGUUCAAGAGCCGCCAGACACUCCGCUGAACUUCCACGUUUCCAACUACAGUAGUCGCAGUGUGAGUCUGAGCUGGGAACAGCCGUACGACGGGAACAGCCGCAUAACGCACUACGUGGUCCAGUACAAGAACGCUUCAGUUACAUGGCAUUGGAAUGUUGCCCAGGUGCUGGUGCAAGGAGGCCAGCAAAAUGUGACCGUGUCUGGCCUUCUGCCCGCCCGAGUUUACCAGUUCAGGGCCCUCGCUAGUAACUCCGUGGGAACGUCCAAUGCGACCAGAGCGCUCUCGGUCACCACAAUGGAGGAGCCCCCUGAAUCCCCACCCAGGGAUGUGAAAGCUAGGACGAAAAGUUCAGAGAGUCUUUUUGUUACAUGGAAGCCACCAGAAGAGAAAUUUCAAAAUGGAGAAAUUCUGGGAUACUACAUUGGCUACAGAAAAACAAACUCUUCUGAUGCAUUCCAUUACAAGACGUUCGAAGUAAUUCCAGGAAUGCCGCUGCAAGGCCUCCUCACCAACCUGCAGAAGUUCACAGAGUACACGGUUCUGAUACAGGCGUACAAUAAGGCUGGAGCAGGUCCCAAGAGCCCAGAAGUUACCGCCAUGACAGAUGAAGACGUUCCUGGAGCGCCUCCAGAAGACGUUAAGUGUAAGCCUUUGUCUUCUCGCGCCCUGUUUGUUCAGUGGUCCUCUCCCACUGCUGAGAUCAAUGGAGUGCUGCAGGGUUACAGGGUCUCGUACCGAGCUCUGUCCGACUGGGAAGAGCCUUCGGCCCCCGCAGAGCGCGUGACGCAAGAGGAGCGGCUGGAGCUGAGCGAGCUGCAGAGCUUCCGCAACUACAGCCUGGAGGUGCGGGCCUUCACCAGGAAGGGCGACGGCGUCCCCAGCCAGCCCGUCUUCUGCACCACUCUGGAGGACGUUCCAGGAGAACCAGCUGACAUCAAAGCGCUUGUUAUGGAUUCACAAACGAUCCUGAUUUCAUGGAGGCCACCAAAAUAUCCCAAUGGAAGACUGACAAAGUACAAAGUCUACAUUAGAUCGCUCGAUGGAUUUGGUUUGACGCGGGACCGGUUCGACAUCCCGGCGGGCCAGACGUGGUACCGCGUGUCGCACCUGGCGGAGCAACGCCGCUACGAGCUGUGGGUGUCGGCGGCCACGGCGGCCGGCGAGGGCGCCCCCUCGCGCCGCGUGCAGCAGGCGCCGUCUGGUCGCGCGCCCGCCAGGAUCGCCUCCUUCAGCCGACAGAUGGCAGCACCGCCGCGCGCCCAGCUCUCACUGCCCUGCCUCGCCGUGGGGCAGCCGCCGCCCGUGCGGCGCUGGACCAAGGAGUACGUCUCGCAUAACCACACUGUCUCAACUCUCCAUGUUCUUCUGGGUGUCCAGGAGCAAAAUUUAAAUAAUAAUUUCUAA